ACGUCAGGCCGGCGAGCCACCAGGUUGCAUUCAGACUGGCCGGUUUGCAAGAUCGGCAUUUCCUGUCGGCAACCAAGGGUUAGUAUAUAGUUCAUGCCUGAACCAUUUGAGCUCGGAUGCUGGAGAAAGCCGGGGGUCACGCAGAAUCAAUGUUGCAGGCCACCAGAUUUUUGACCAAGCAUUAAAAUACACCUUGCCAAGAUGGAUUGAACAUGAUUCUUGUGCUGUAUUUUUUGAGGGGACUGAAGAACCAGCGCGCAGAUUGUUGAAAAGGUCGUCAAUCAGCUAACAUAUGUUGAGCAAGUCGCUGAAACCAUGCGCGCUGCCACUUGCUGUGGGUGCUCGUGGCAACGAUUUUGCUGGGAGUGGCCUUCCUGGGCGGCCUGUGAAUGACUUUGAGGCUGACAAAUUCCUGAAGAGUGCCGGGCCAAUUGCCUUGGCAUGCCUGGCGUCAAGAGGCGCUACGGCCAGGCACAGAACAUGGCAUGUGCAGUGUCAUGCACAGGCCGAAGAGGCAGAUGUUGGAGCGUUGACGGAUGAGGACAUCUCAUUGCUUAGACAGGUGCUGCCAGAGGUGAAGGAGCUGGUCGUGCUGGGAAGGAGUAACACUGAUGUCAUCCUUCAGCUGGCUGAGACGAUGCUUCCACUCACACUUGCAAAAGGAGAGGUGCUGGCUGAGCAGGGCCAACCUGAUGACAACAUGUACGUCAUUGCCAAGGGAGAUGUUCUGCUGGACGUUCCCAGGGCAGGACGUGUGGAGCCAGAACGGCGCCGGGUAAGCCAGGGAAGUUACAUCGGGGCUGAGUGUUUGUUGGGAAAUACGCCCCACAAAUGCUCAGCCAUUGCACAGACUUCCUGCCGACUCUUGCGCUUGAAUCGAGCCACAUUUGAUUCGAUCAUCCUUUCUCAAUCGGCUGAAACGGAAGACGAUGAAGAUUCUGAUGAGGAUGAUGAAGGUGAUGGUGAUACCUGUGCUGCGAGCCAGCUGGUGAACAUCUUUGUUCUCUCUGACAGCACCGGUGAAUCCGCAAAAGCUUCGGUGAAAACUGCUGCCGCGCAGUUUGAGUACUGUUCAGGGUCGACAUGUGCAACAAGCCGGGCAACAGUCUACAGAUUUGUGAGAUCUGCCACAGAGAUCAAGACCAUCGUUGAAGCAGCCAAGAAGUGCAAUGCCUUGCUGGUUUACACGAUCAUGGAUCCAAAGCUGCAUCAAGUCGUUGUUGAUGAGUGCAAAGCCAAAGAGCUUGAAUGCAUUGACCUUUGGGGCCCUUUGCUGGCCACCUUCGAAAAAAGAUUCGGCGCCAAGCGGAGUGGAAAAGCGGGUCGACGACAAGCCGUCAGCGAUGACUACAUGACCAUUGUCAAGGCGAUUGAGUACACUCGAAAAGUGGAUGAUGGUGUUUUGCCUCAUCUUUGGGAUGAGUGCGACAUCAUGCUGAUUGGACCAUCGCGAGCUGGAAAGACUCCCUUGUCAUUCUACUUGGCACAGAGAGGCUAUAAGGUGGCCAACUACCCGUUGGUGCCAGAGGAGGAGCCUCCAAAGGAGCUUUUCGAACUCGAUCAACAAAAAUGUUUCGCACUGCAAAUCAAGCCUGAACGAUUACAAGAGAUUCGCACCCAGCGAAUGAAGCAGUUCAAUCGCUCCAACACGAAGUAUGCCAAUUUGACCAACAUCAAGAAAGAGGUGAGCUGGAUCAAAAACUUUUACUUGCGAAAGGGCCCAAAGUGGCCAAUCAUAGACACUAGCAACGCUGGUGUGGUGGAAACAGCCGCACGGAUUAUGGAAAUUUUGGACCGGCGCAAGGGGGAUGCAGUUGCAGCUUCAUAUCAAUCGAGUAUGGCUGUGUGAGGGUGGAGCUUAUGCGCUGCUGGAAGACACAAAGGGCAGCCUUGAUAUCCAUUGAUCAUUUGUUUGCGAUUGUCUAA